UUAAGCGCCUCAUUGUCCACUAGUAUAUAACAUGAGCAUAUACCUAGGUCAUUCUUGUUGAGAGAAAACCGUACCUUCCCAUACCAUACCUUUGCAAGAUGUACUGUGCUUUGGCUGUCGUCGUGUGUCUGAUUGGACAGAUAUGUUGUAUGACCACAAUACCUCCAUCUACUCACCAUCCUCAUCGUCCUCACGAAUCUAACGAGUUUGACCAAGCUUUGUUCUACUAUGACGCUCUGUCGCAUCAAAUGGUAAUGAAGCGAGGAGAUACCUGCUACAUUGAGAAGCUAAAGAUGUCCACACGACCACAGGUACACACAACAGACGGGAUUUUAAAACUCGAGAAUGAUUUGAUGGUUCUCGUAGCCAAGGGUAACCAUACACAGAUGUCCCAUGACGAUGUUUUAAAGUUAAGCAUCCACGUUGAACACAUGUGCGCAAGUCAGGACGUGUUCGUCGUGUCAAGACCUCAUCACCAUCACACUACAACAAUGAUGCCAAUUGGUUGAAUACAAUAAAAACAUAAUAUUCAA